AUGCUCGGGGGUCUCUGAGGUGUCCCGGGGGUCUCUGAGGUGUCCCGGGGUCCCCUCUCCCCGCAGUUCGCCGCUGCCCCCAGCGAUGUGUCCCUAGCGCGGUUCCAGGGCGGGCCGGUCCCGCGGUUCCCGUGCGAGGCCAUGGCCGCCAGCAGCACCAGCAGCACCAGCCCGAGCCCGGAGCGGGGCCCUGUCGCUCCCUCGGCCGAGCAGGCGCUGCUGCGGGCCGGGCGGGCGCUGUGCGAGCGGGCCGGGGCGCUGCGGGAGCUGGGCGCGCUGCUGGAGGCGGCGGAUGCCGCGGCGCUGGCCCGGCUGGCGGCGGCGCUGGGCGGGCUGGCGGCUCCGCCGCAACGGGAGCGGGACGGGGCCGAGCAGCCCGGCCGGGACGCGGCGUUAGCGGCCGUGCCCGAGCGGGCAGAGCGCGUUGGCGCCGCGUUCCUGCUGCUCCUGCAGAAGCUGGAAGAUGCCCGGAGCCAGGAGUCGCCACCGGUGGGGUCCAUCCCGCGCCGGGUGCUGGGACACGCGUUCAUCUUUGCUGUCACACACAAAGAGGAGAGGCCCUGGACCACGGCGAGGAGUCGGGCGGUGGCUCAGGAGGUGCUGGAGCGGCUGCUCCGGACUGCGGGCUGCGGGUCCGUGGAGGAAUUCCUGCAGGGAAAGGAGGGGGAUGAGGAAGGAAGAUUCGGAGAGGUGAUGGGGCUCCUGAAGCAGGAGUUGACCAAAGACACCUGGAAGUGUAACCCUGCCUCCAAGGACGUGUUCUCCUGGUCUCUGCUCCGUGUCAGCCGGCCCCGCCUGUGCCCGCACCUGGAGCGGGUCCUGCCGCCCGCGCUGCUCCUCUCCGACGACUUCCAGGAGGAGAACAAAGUGCUGGGCGUGCGCUGCCUGCACCACAUCGUCCUCAACGUGCCAGGAGCGGAUCUGUGCCAGUUCAACAGGGCCCAGGUGGUUUUCCACGCCCUCUACAACCACCUCUACUCACGGGAGGCUCCUCUCAUCCAGGCGGUGCUGCUGUGCCUGCUGGACCUGCUGCCCGUGCUGGAGCGAUGGCAGCGGCGCCAGGGCCAGCCCAGGGCCACCUCCCCCUGGGACCAGGUGCUGCAGCUGCUGCUGACCCACAUGGAGGCCGAGCACCGGCUGGCGCUGCGCAGGGUCUACGCAGGGAGCCUGCCUGCCUUUGUCACCAGACUCGGCAUCCUCAUCGUGAGGCACCUGAAGAGGCUGGAACGAGUCAUCCUGGGCUACCUGGAGGUGUCUGAUGGCCCUGGGGAAGAGGCCAGGCUGGGAAUCCUGCAGACUCUGCAGUGCACCAUAGAGCACGCCUGGCCCAGGAUGCCCUGCAGGCUCCCUGUGCUCCUCAAGGCCCUGCUGAGGCUGCUCUGGGACGUUCACAGCGAUCAGGGCCCGACCCCUGAGCCUGUCAGGGCUGCUCUGCUGCACGGGGCCACCCAGUGCCUCAUCCUGCUGGACCACUGCUGCCAGGGCCAGGUCAAGGUGCUGCUGGCAGGGCUGCACAGCAGCUGUGAGGAGAAGAGGCUGCAGGAGUGCUUCAGGAAGGUGCAGGAGAGCACCUGAGGUGUCUGACACUGCUCAGCCCCUUUUGUACAAUAAAAAUGUUGUGUUUAUUUAAAA